AAAAAAACCCAACCAGCGAAAAGAAAUCGGCUCGAGUCGAGAGUCGUCGCCGCGUCGGUGUCGCUCGCUCGCUCGCCAUAUCCCCUUUCCCCCCGUCUCCUCCCUCCGUCCCCCGACUCCGGUGAUCCGCCCACCUGAACCCUACUCCACGUCGCCUCGCCUCGCCUCGCCUCGCCGGUUGGGUUGGGGCUGAGCGGAUCUGAUCCGAUCGGGGCGGGUCCUUGCGCCGUCGCUGCGUGAGCUCAUCUCGGUCGUCCGCCUGCUCGGCUCGAUCGGCCGGGGACGGCGGCGGCCAGAUCUGCGAUGGAGGGCAACAAGGACGACGCGGCCAAGUGCCUGCGCAUCGGUAAGGGCGCUCUCGACGCCGGCGACCGCGCGCGCGCUAUCAAGUUCCUGUCCAAGGCAAAGCGCCUCGACCCCUCGCUGCCCAUCGACGACCUGCUCACCUCCCUUCUCAGUCCCGAAGAUGACUCCCCGGCUUCCUCGUCAUCAUCUCAGCCGCCGCCUCCGCCACCGCAAACUGCCACAGCAGGGGCAUCGGAGGCAGCUGAGCCUGAUGGGCUGAGAGAGAGGAAGCACAAGGGAAAGAAGAGGGAGGAGGAGGAGGAGGCCACUCCUGCUGCCAGGGAGUACACGGCAGAGCAGCUCGAGGUCGUGCGCCAGGUCAAGAAGCACACCAGGGACUACUACCAGAUCCUCGGCCUGGAAAAGGACUGCAGUGUCGAGGACGUGCGCAAGGCCUACAGGAAGCUCUCCCUCAAGGUGCACCCUGACAAGAACAAGGCCCCUGGCGCAGAGGACGCCUUCAAGGCUGUCUCCAAGGCCUUCCAGUGCCUCAGUGAUGCUGAGAGCCGCAAGCGUUAUGAUCUUGUUGGUUCGGAUGAGCCAGUAACACACCACAGGAGGCCCUCCACUGCCCGUGCAUACAAUGGGUUCUACGAGGAGGACUUUGACCCAGAUGAGAUAUUCAGAAACUUCUUCUUUGGUGGUAUGGCGCCUGCGACCACCAGGCAGUUUGGACAGUUUGGAACCUUCCAUUUCAGGACUGGUGGGAUGCAUGCCCAUGCCGCACAAAACUCUGGUGGCUCAACUGUCAGGAUGCUUAUUCAGCUGUUGCCAGUCCUACUGCUGCUGUUGCUCAACUUCCUGCCAUCAUCUGAACCUGUCUACUCGUUGUCCCGUUCCUACCCUUAUGAACAUAAGUUCCAAACCCCACGUGGAGUUGCAUACUAUGUCAAGAUGUCUAAUUUUGAGGAGCAGUAUCCACACCAAAGCACUGAGCGAGCGACGCUGGAGCGGCAUGUUGAGAGGGAUUAUUACUCCAUAAUCACGCAGAAUUGCAGGGUCGAGCUACAGCGUCGCCAAUGGGGUCUGUCAUACCAGACACCACAUUGUGAUAUGCUUAAAAAGUUUGAGGCUACAGCAGAGUAAUAAUUCUCCAAUGAUGGAAGCUAGUUGGUGGAGAUGCAUGGCUGCAUGCCUGACACACUAGAUAGGUGAUAUAUCCUUUCCAGGAGGAAUGUGGAAGUGCAGCACACAAAUGAGAUAUUGGAAGUACCAGUUGGCUACAUAAAUAUUACUUUGUUUGAUCAAUUAUAAGUCCAUCUUGGUUUGUCCUGAGUCAAACUUUUAUAGAUUUGGCUCGCAAUAUUUAUAAAAUUUCACCGCGGGGAACUCCCCCAUGGUAUUGCGUAAAUUUUUUUAUAACAUUUAUUAUUUUAUAAAUGAAAGGAGUUCUAUAUAUUAUGAAAAUUUGUCAUGCCGAAUCGUAUGUCAAUCUUGUUGAAAAUCUAUAUGAACAUUUUUUAUUUUUGUGGUCAAAGUUGACAAAGUUUGACUUGGGGUAAACCUUGAUGGACUUAUAUUGAUGAUCAGGGGAAGUAAUAGUAAGUAGUGAAUAGCUUGCUCUUACAGCUAUCACCUUGUGUGGCAUACAGAGAACCACAAAUUAAAAUUAUCCUGCACCUUCCAGUGAUGUCAACUUUACUGAUUUGAUAUGGAAACAUCUGAUUUAUAUGUUUCAUUAUGUGCAAUCAAGGGUGAAAUAGACCAUUUUAAGUUGUGGGAGCUA